UGGUGGUAGUGAUGUUAAUACCGUCCUACAUUAGCACCAGCAGUAGUCACUGCUUCAGGUCCAGAAUGGGACCGGCGGUGCUCGGCCUCUGAUCAAAGCAGUUUGAUCCGCAAUCAGUCACCACCCCCAUCCGCCGUGUGCCGGAGCUCCCCCCAUUUAUCAAGUGCCGGCAGGAAUCAGGGAGGGGAAACAAACUCUCUGUUUCGAGGAGAUUUCUUGCUGUGCUUUAGAACAGUUGCCGCUGCACAAGCAAACAAGAUGAAUGAGUGUAAUGAGUGUUUUAAUGGUCGAUUAUUCUGAAGGGAUAAUGUUUUAUAGCAGGUUUUAUUUUCCAGUUCGAGCGGGGUGUUUUCUUAUCUGGGUUGUUUGACGUUAUAACACUAAUAAACAGUUCUUUAUAGUUUGCCGGAUUUCCUGAGGGAAAGGUCAAAGGUGUGUUAAGAAUGCAAGCCAACAGCCGAUGGUUGCUAAUAUUAGUGACGGUAAUUAAAGAAGGAAUCCAGAACUAAUGAGCCUUGGAAAAAUUGGGCCAUAAUGUGUCUGUGUGCCAACAAAACAUGUGUAAACCAUAAUAACAAAGUGGAUGGAACCUGGGUGAGCCCUCAGUUUCAGCAGAGGUAGAGAACGACCUAGGUCAAUAUCAAUCAGUUGCACUUGAAGAAAAGGCUCUCUGAUCCGGUGUCUGGGCCGGGUUACCGCGGAAUAACCUCGUAGUUCAAGGCUGUGGGAAUGUUGUGUGUGCAUUCCCAGAAGCCUCGGCAGUCGCUGGAGUCGCAACACUUGUUGAACUUUGAUCUUCCUCUUUUAAACGUUGUGAGCCCUGCAGGGGCAUGGCUACGUCUCUAACCCAAUAAAGCCAAGCCAGCGGCGUGGGAGAAUCCAAUACCUGAGUCAAGUUUCUUUACCGGCUCCUUUUAUGACUCCAACCCCCCCGAAAAAAUGUAUGGCCAAGUCCAACCACACAUCUCAAACUAUGAACAAUAUAACCAGAGUUUUAUAUAGAACAUUAUAUUAUUGUGGUUAUUGUCAUUAUAACUACUGUUGCUAAUUGCUAUAAAAAAUAAGCAUAUGGGUUAAUGAGCACACAGGGUAGAUGUUUAUCCUCAGUGUCACGUCAAAGCACCAAUUCUAGUAACACCCGCCCUGUCAUAGUAGCCUGGGGCUGUGGGAGUUUAGUUUUAAAUAGAAUAACCUACGCACACACAGACCCACACACACACACACACACACACACACACACACACACACACACACACACACACACACACACACACACACACACACACACACACACACACACACACACACACACACACACACACACUCACUCUCUCUCUCUUACGCUUUCAUACACACACUGCUAUCUUUGGCAAAACAAAGUCGUCAUGCCCAGGGCUGUUUUAACUCAUUGUUCAAACCUAGCUUGCCGAUCCUAGCAAGCGCCUAGAGUGGGCUGUCGCUCUGACUGGAUGGAGCUGUAAUAGGAAGUAGCUAGCCUGGACAGUUUCAGCCAUCCUCCCUCGCCUGCUGCAUACCACGAGCCAAACUCACUCUGACAUCUUUUCCCAGAAACGUGGGUGGGAGUGUGCUCUGGACUCCUCCAGUGACCUGCCCCGUUUAGUGGCUUUUUUAUUUUGGAAGAGGUGAACUUGAGACGACACGACACUGGGCAGUGGGAGUUUAGGAGGAGAAUAUAUUCUGGCAGGCGUGGCGUGGGGGGGACAGCAUGGCUGAACCGAGGCGAGAGAGCACCAGCAGCCUGCAGAGGAAGAAGCCUCCAUGGCUGAAGCUGGACAUCCCCAUGGCCCAGGUGUCCUUGGACGAGCCCCACCCCCUCGUUCAGCCGGUGAAGCGUCAGGGCUUCCUGCGCAGCAUCAGCAUGCCAGUGGAGACCACCCACCUCCAGUCCCCGCCCCGGGACUUCUUCGACACCCGGAGGCCCGCCUUCCAGCGCCAGUCCUCCAUCACGCAGACCAUCAAGAGCAGCAGGCGGGUGCACUUUGAGAGGAUUAACACGGUGCCCGUUAAAGGCCAGAGGGCCGCCCGCCACGCCUCCAGAAAGUACCACUCUCUCUCCAGAACCCUGCUCAGGGGCACGGCGGACUGGUUCGGCGUGAGUAAAGACGGCGACGCCACGCAGAAGUGGCAGAGGAAGAGCCUGCGCCACUGCAGCAUGCGCUACGGCCGGCUGAAGCCCCAGGUCCUCCGGGAGAUGGACCUGCCCAGCCAGGACAACAUCUCCCUGACCAGCACCGAGACGCCACCGCCCCUCUACGUCCCCACCUCGCAGCACGGCAUGCAGAAGAUCGUGGACCCCUUGGCGCGAGGCAGGGCCUUCCGCAUGGUGGAGGAGGUGGAUGGCUACAGCGUGCCCCAGACCCCCAUCACCCCCGGCGCCGCCUCCCUCUGCUCCUUCACCAGCUCCCGCUCGGGACUCAACCGCCUGCCCCGACGCCGCAAGAGAGAGUCGGUGGCCAAGAUGAGCUUCAGGGCCGCCGCCGCGCUGGUCAAGGGGCGCUCGUUGCGGGACAACACCCUGCGGCGGGCCCAGAGGCGGAGCUUCACCCCGGCCAGCUUCAUGGACGAGGACAUCCUGGACUUUGCUGACGAGCUGGACACCUCCUUCUUCGCCAGGGACGUCCUGAUGCACGGGGAGGAGAUGUCCACGUACGCGGACGAGGUGUUUGAGUCACCGUCGGAGGCGGCCAUAAAGGAGGAGGAGUCUAACGACAAGUUGGACGAGACGGAGAUGACAGGCAGUGCGCUGGACAAGAGUGAGCUGGAGAGGAGUCACCUCAUGUUGCCUCUGGAGCGGGGCUGGCGUAAGGCCAAGGAGGGCAUGCCGGGGCCCCCCAAGGUGCCUCUGCGGCAGGAGGUGGUGAGCGUGAACGGGCAGCGGCGGGGCCAGCGCAUCGUGGUGCCCGUGCAGAAGCUGUUCAAGCGGGAGAAGAGGCCCUACGGCCUGGGCAUGGUGGGCAAGCUCACCAACCGCACCUACCGCAAGCGCAUCGACAGCUACGUCAAGAGGCAGAUAGAGGACAUGGACGACCAUAGGCCUUUCUUCACAUACUGGAUAACCUUUGUCCACUUGCUGGUCACUAUAUUGGCUGUAUGCAUUUACGGUAUCGCACCGGUGGGCUUCUCCCAGGACGAGAAGGUUGAUUCUGUUUUAAGAAACAAGGGCGUGUAUGAAAAUGUCAAGUUUGUACAGCAGGAGAACUUCUGGAUCGGGCCGAGCUCAGAGGCCCUGAUCCACCUGGGGGCCAAAUUCUCUCCGUGCAUGCGGCAGGACAAGCAGGUCCACGACCUGAUCAGGGACAAGAGAGCCAUCGAGCGCAACUCCGCCUGCUGCGUGCGCAACGACCGCUCGGGCUGCGUCCAGACCUCGGAGGAGGCUUGUUCGAGUACUCUCGCGGUGUGGGUGAAGUGGCCGCAGCAUCCGAGCACGCCGCAGCUCAACGGGAAAGCCCGGCAGCAUGGCUCCGUGUGCCAUCAGGACCCGAGGAUAUGUCAUGAGCCGGCCUCAGUCCCGCCUCACGAAUGGCCCGAUGACAUCACCAAGUGGCCGAUCUGCACCAGGUACAACACGGGGAAUCACACCAACCUGCCUCACAUAGACUGCACCAUCACAGGCAGGCCCUGCUGCAUUGGAACCAAAGGCCGGUGUGAGAUCACAUCGCGGGAAUAUUGUGACUUCAUGAUGGGAUACUUUCACGAGGAAGCAACUCUCUGCUCUCAAGUGCACUGCAUGGAUGAUGUCUGUGGUCUACUGCCCUUCCUCAACCCAGAGAUCCCAGACCAGUUUUACAGGCUCUGGCUCUCCCUCUUCUUGCAUGCUGGGCUCCUUCACUGCCUGGUCUCGGUGGCCUUUCAGAUGACUAUCCUGAGGGACCUGGAGAAGCUGGCCGGGUGGCUGAGGAUCUCCAUCAUCUAUAUCCUCAGCGGCAUCACCGGGAACCUGGCCUCCGCUAUCUUCCUGCCCUACCGAGCUGAGGUGGGUCCGGCGGGUUCCCAGUUCGGCAUCCUGGCCUGCCUGUUUGUGGAGCUGAUCCAGAGCUGGCAGAUCCUGGCGCAGCCCUGGAGGGCCUUCAUCAAGCUGCUGUGCGUGGUGCUCUUCCUCUUUGCCUUCGGCCUGCUGCCCUGGAUCGACAACUUCGCCCACAUCUGCGGCUUCAUCUCGGGCUUCUUCCUGUCCUUCGCCUUCCUGCCCUACAUCAGUUUCGGCCGGACGGACAUGUACCGCAAGCGCUGUCAGAUCAUCGUCUUCCUGAUGGUGUUCGUGGGCCUGUUUGCCGGCCUGGUGGUGCUCUUCUACGUGUACCCAAUCAAGUGCGAGUGGUGCGAGCUGCUCACCUGCAUCCCCUUCACCGACAAGUUCUGCGAGAAGUACGACCUCAACGCCCACCUCCACUGAACUGAACGCCCCGGGGAGUUUGAGCCGGAGAAGGAGGUGGAGGAGGAAAAGGAGGAGAUGGAGAGGAUGACGAUGCAGACGAUGAUGAUGAUGAUGUCAGCCCCCCCCCCCCCCCCCUUAGUGACUUUAACUUGAUCGUGUAUGGCUGCACAAGAAAAAUAGCUUCUUUUUUUAUAUCUAUCACCACUGUCUCCCCAACACUUUUUCACUGACUGUGAGUGUCGUUUCGCGGGUACAGCGAAUCAAAGGGUAAUGGCGAAUUCUAAAACCUCAAAAAAAAGCCCUACGCUACACGUGUGUGUGUGUGCGCUCAGGCAGCCAUGUUUUUAGAAAUGCCCGCCAAUGGUGCAAGACACAACAGAUUUCAGCUUUCUUUUUUUAACACUCAGACACAGUCCAGAUGUAGGAUAAAAAAAAUAUUCAGGCAACCGCAUUGAAAACACCCAGGGACAAGAUAGCGAAAUCACCUAUGAAUACCUUUGGUGCCUUGUCAAAAAAGUACUACUGCCAUAACUUUUUGUUACAUAUCGCUGAGCACUUGGAUUUGUCUUGUACGUGUGUGUUACUCCCCAUGCCGGAGUGAUGGUUGAUAUGGCAAUGGUAGUGUUUUAGCUACCCGUCUACUCGUAUAUGUAACUAAAGACAACAGUAAAAAAAAUAUAUAUAUAAAUAUAUAUUAAAUGAAUUGGUGUGA